UCGAUACACCACUGUUAAUUGCUUGUUCAAAACAUACAUCGAUGUGACAUACAAACAUUACAUUGAGGAUGCAACGGGUGAUUCUCUCUCAACUCAAGAUGAUUACAAAAAAAUGAGUUUUGUUGCAAGCAAUGAAGGAGCACUGAUAAACAUCAUCAAAGGGUUCAACAUACCAGUUGCUUUGCCGUGGCAUUUAGUCGAUGAGGUAUACGUUCCUGUAAAUUGUGAUGGAAAUUUUCACUAGGUGCUAGCUAUGAUAUCUUUAAAGAAAAGAUGUAUCAGGGUGUAUGAAUCAAUGUUGUCAUCGCAACAUAGAGAGCCAUCACAUGAGAUCAAAAGGUUAUCUGUGAUGCUUCCAAAAUACAUUAGUUACAGUGGAUUACUGGAAAACACUGAAAGAACUGUAUGGUCAAGUCUCGAAGCUUAUGAAGAUAAGAUGAGUAAAGUGGCCGGUGAUUUGAAUGACACCCCAUUUGAUGUUGAAUACAUUGAAGAUAUUGCACAACAAGUCAGUGAAAGUUUGUACUGUGGCGUAUUUAUGGCAGCUUAUGCAGAAUUUCUUAGCGAUCAAAUGCAGAUUUCUUCAUCAAAUCUUGAUGCAGAAUAUCUUCGAAAGAGAUAUGCAACACUCUUAUGGAACUAUGGAGUUAAAAAGUCUAAGAAGAUUUAUUCUAGUGACCAUGACGAUCCACCAAGAGUACGGCCAUUUUAUGUCCCUCGGACUGAUGCGUCUAAUAUUCUAGCCAUAGAGUAGAUGCUAGGUUGUGCCAUAGCUAAGUUCUUAACAUUGUUUUUGUUGCUAUCUUAUAGGCCUCGAUUAAUGUAAUUUCACACUACUUUUAAUAGUAAUG